AUGAAGGAACUCGCUACCUCGGGGAGGGAGAAUCUUGGAAUGGCAAUAGCGAUGCUGAUUUUAGCUGUCAUUUCGGUUGGAUUUAGAUUUGCAGUGAAGCUGUCUGUUCGGAUGCCACUCAUUGCCGCGGAUUGGCUUGUUUUUGGAGCCUUGGCGACUUUCUGUGUCUAUGUCGCCGUCUUCAUUAGCUACAUCGUUGCUGGCCCGGGUCCAGGUUCGCUCAACAUUCCAUGGAUGAUGAAACAGCCCGGUGGUGAGGAUUGGACAAGAUUUUUCUAUAAGAAUCUCCUCAAGAUCGAAGUCUUCUAUAUCAUCACUCUCACAUUCCUCAAGUACUCGAUUCUUGCGCUAUAUCAUCAGCUGUUCUCCGUCUCGCGGCUCUUCCGGCUUCUCAAUUUUGCAACAGCCGGCGCAUGUACGACUUGGUUCAUAAUAAUACUGUUCGUUGCGAUCUUCCAAUGCUCGCCGGUUCAUAUGUACUGGGACGCCUUUGCAUCGCUUGACUACUGCAUGUCAAGUUCCAAGAUCUGGCUCGGGGCUGAAUUGUCGAAUUUCUUUCUCGACGUGGUCAUCCUCUUCUUACCAGUGCUGAUGAUCAGUCGGCUGAAUCUGACACGGGAAAAGAAGUGGUCGUUAAGCGGCAUAUUCCUCAUUGGGGGACUUGUCUGCAUUGCGAGCAUGGUCAAGGUGGGCUAUAGUUGGCGACCAGCGUGGUCCCACUACCCCGCGCUCCCCGCAGGAAUGAUUUUGAUGUCACUUCAGUUGGGAUUGGCCUUUCUAUGCACCUGUCUUCCAACAUAUGCGCCUCUUCUACAACCCGCGCGCGCGAGAAUGCGCUCCUUAGAACGCGAGUAUACAUCCGACUCUCAGAACAAAGGGUGGAAAAUCCACAUUCCAGGCCUAAGUUCCAAGAAAUCGGCUUACAGUGGAAAGACGGGCUCCUUGAAUGACAUUCCUGCGGGUACAUAUGAGCAAAUGCCUGAUCAGCAGGAUCUAGGCGAAUUCCAAUUCGAAAUGUGCGACAUUGAAAACGGUCCGAGGUCUACGGCUAGACAGAGCGCUCGACCAAAGUGA